CGACGGAGGGUAGAGAUGACGUCAGACGACCUCGUGCGUGAUUGGGGAGGAGGGAAUCCCUGCUUUCGACACAAAGAACCCAAUUUCGAGGAGGCCCUAUAUAAGCUGGGUAUCAACAAGUGAGUUGGUAUUCCAUAGACUGCUACCGGAAUGAAGCUUUUGGUUUUCCUAUUCCUAGCGCUUUUAGCGCUGACUGCCGCAACGAAAUACAGCGGAGGCGGCGGCGGCGGUGGUGGAUAUAAAGGAGGAAUGGGAGGAUACAGAGGAGGAAUGGGAGGAUACAAAGGAGGAAUGGGAGGAUAUAGAGGCGGCGGUGGUCACAUGGGUGGCGGACGAGGAGGAUAUGGAGGAGGUGGAAAAUACGGCGGAGGUGGCGGAGGAGGAGGAAAAUAUCGCGGCGGUGGCAUGGGUGGACACAUGGGUGGCGGAAGAGGAGGAUAUGGCGGAGGCGGAAAAUACGGCGGCGGUGGCAUGCGUGGACACAUGGGUGGCGGACGAGGAGGAUACGGCGGAGGAGGAAAACACGGCGGUGGAGGUGGAGGACAUCGUGGAGGUGGCGGAGGAUACAAGGGAUAAUGAAGUGCGUCAUUGUUAUGACGUAAGAGGCCAAAUAUUUAAGAUGUUCAACGGCUACACGGUGGAGAAAAGAUCUAUGUGAUCUUCUACGGCCAGCCUUCUUUUCGCAAAGUGAUAUUUUUAGAACACAACGUAUAUUGUAUAGUUUUUAUCCAUUUUUAAAAAGUCCAUGCCAUUAAAGUUGCUUAUCAUAUACAAAUGAAAAAGUAAAUUACCAGCAUUUGUUACUUUAAAUGAAGAAUUGUAAAGUUUGAACAAUCGAAAGAAAUAGUUGAUGAUUUUUAUUUUGCAUAGUCAUGUAAAUUUCAUAUUUUUACACAGUUUACACCAAAAUAAAAUGCUUAUUUUUUGUA